AUGCCAAAUUACAAGAUUUGGACAUUUCAUGGUGAAGAAAUGCCCUCUGUUGAUUUGACUGCACAAGAAAAUUGCCUUCAUAGUUCAAGUACUGUUGCACACACCUCUGAGAUGGAUCAAUUUAUGUAUAUGCAAGAAAUGGUGAAUGAUGCUCUUAAUCGACAUCCUUCAUUUGAAGAACAAGACAAUAGCCGUUUAGAAGAGUCUCCAAACGAAGCCACUCAGAGGUUUUACAAUUUAUUGGCAGAGGCAAAUCAACCUGUAUUUGAAGGGGUAACAGAGUCGAAACUAUCAGUAUGCGUUAGACUUUUGGCAUGCAAAUCUAAUUGGAACAUUCCUAACCAAGCAUUAGACAAUAUGGCAAAAAUCUAUUUAGAUCUAACACCACCAAAUAAUUCUUUACCAAAGAAUUAUUAUGAAGCCAAGAGAUUAGUUUCAAAGUUGGGAUUAGAGUCUAAGAAGAUUGAUUGUUGUGUUAAUGGGUGUAUGCUUUUUUAUGACAACGAUAAUGGCAAAAAUGAUGCAUCAUUACUUGAAUGCAAAUUUUGUGGACAAGCUCGAUAUCACACAAUCCAUGCAGGAAGAAGGCAAAAAAAACCAAUUCCAUUGAAGUCUAUGUUCUACUUGUCUAUAAUUCCAAGAUUACAAAGAAUGUUUGCUUCAAUGGAAACAGCACAACACAUGACAUGGCAUUAUGAGAACAAAACUCAAGGAGUGCUACGUCAUCCAUCUGACGGUGAAGCCUGGAAGCACUUCGAUCGAAAACAUGAAUCCUUCGCCAGUGAUCCUCGUAACGUUCGACUUGGUCUAUGUUCGGAUGGAUUUAAUCCAUACAUCCAGGCAUCGUCUUCACCAUAUUCUUGUUGGCCUGUGAUUGUUACUCCAUACAAUCUUCCACCUGAGAUGUGUAUGACAAAGCCUUUCAUGUUUUUAACAUGUCUAAUACCAGGUCCAUGUAAUCCAAAGGCAUCCAUAGAUGUUUAUUUGGAGCCUUUGAUUGAUGAUUUGAAUAAGUUGUGGAAUGGUAUUUGGACGUAUGAUGUUUCAAGGAAGCAAAAUUUCCUUAUGAGGGCGGCUUUGAUGUGGACAAUUAAUGACUUCCCUGCAUAUGGAAUGUUAUCUGGUUGGAGCACACAUGGUAAAUUAGCUUGUCCACAUUGCAUGGAGCACACUAAGACAUUCACAUUGAAUUAUGGUCGGAAAAGUUGUUGGUUUGACUGCCAUCGGAGGUUCUUGGCCAUUGACCAUCCAUUUAGGAGAAACAAAAAGGCAUUUCGCAAAGGGGAAGUUGAAACGGAUAGGCCACCUCCUAGGUUAACCCCAUCACAAGUUUGGAGAAGGGUCAAAGAUUAUCCAAAAGUGACUGAAACUGGUGUGACAAGGAUAGAUGGGUAUGGAGAGUGGCAUAAUUGGACCAAAAGAAGCAUAUUUUGGGAUCUUCCAUACUGGAAAGAUAACUUGCUAAGACAUAAUCUCGAUGUCAUGCAUAUAGAAAAAAAUUUCUUUGACAACAUCUUCAACACCGUGAUGAAUGUUAGUGGCAAGACUAAAGAUAAUGACAAGGCAAGAAAAGAUUUAUCUUUAUAUUGUGGCCGAAAAGACUUGCAGUUGAAGCCACAAUCUAACGGGCGGUUGCUCAAACCAAAAGCAAAUUACACCUUCACAAAAGAUGAAUCUAAAAUAGUUUGUCGUUGGAUCAAGGAACUAAGAAUGCCAGAUGGCUAUUCUUCAAACUUGGCAAGAUGUGCUAAUAUCGAAAAGGGUAGUAUUCACGGUAUGAAAAGUCAUGAUUGUCAUGUCUUCAUGGAGACAUUACUCCCUGUUGCGUUCAGCUCAUUGCCAAUGCACGUGUUAAAUCCUCUAAUAGAAAUUAGUCAUUUUUUCAAAGACUUAUGCUCAACGACACUAAAGGAGCAUUCACUGAAAAUGUUAGAGGAAAAUAUUCCAAUUAUUCUUUGCAAAUUGGAAAGAAUAUUCCCUCCCGGGUUCUUUGAUUCAAUGGAGCAUCUCCCUGUUCAUUUGCCAUAUGAAGCAUGGCUUGGUGGGCCAGUGCAAUAUAGGUGGAUGUAUCCAUUUGAAAGAUUUAUGGGGGAAUCAAAACGUUCUGUAAAAAACAAAGCCAAAGUGGAAGGAUCAAUUUGUGCAGCCUACUUGCAUCGUGAAACAACAUAUUUUUGUUCUCAUUAUUUCAAGAACUUCAUCUUGUCGCCUAGCAAUGUUAGGAAUGAAACACACUGGCAAAAUGAAACAUGUGACUCAACAUUAUCAGUGUUUCGACAAGUUGGUCGUCACGCAGGCAAGGAGCUGACUUAUUGGUUAACUGAUGCUGAAUUCAACUCUGCUCAUGUCCAUGUGUUAAUCAAUUGCGCUGAAGUUAAAUCCUCAUUCGUUGUGGCUAAUCAAGUACAUGAGGGAACUGCUUCUGCUCGAAUAUACUCAGAGUUUCCUUACUGGUUCAAACAUCAAGUUUAUAAUGCGCCAUUAAGUCUCAAAAAUCAAGAUUUAAGAGAUUUGGCAAAUUGGCCCAUGAGAUGCGUAAAAGAAUGGCACACAUACUUUGUUAAUGGGUAUAAGUUUCACACUAAUGAAUGGUCCAAAGGAAAGAAGACAAUUAACUGUGGUGUGUACGUGAAGGGCAUUACAGAGGGAGGUUAUGAUGAUUUUUAUGGAAUAAUUCAUAAAAUAUUUGAGCUAGAGUACAACAGUUGUACUUCUCCAAAGAAAGUAGUUGUUUUUUAUUGUGAAUGGUUUGAUCCUUCUAGAGAUGGUACAAGGGUGAAUCCUAGGUAUAAUAUUGUUGAACUUGAAAUGAGUAAAAGAUACCGACCUUUUGAUCCAUUCAUUCUAGCUAAUAAUGUUAGACAAGUUUACUAUGUCCCAUAUCCAGCAUUUCGGAGCAUCGACAAAAGUGGUUGGUGUGUUGCGAUACAAACUAAGCCUAGGGGUCGCAUUGAGUCAAAUGAGGUGGAAGAGGAUAUUCCAUAUCAAGUUGAUGAAAUUUUGACUGCUGCAAUGUCACCUAGACGUCCAUCUAGUUCCGAUAAAGGGAAGAAGACAAAGCCAAGAAGACAGCCAGCACGGUAUAUCAUAAGGGUUCCUGGCCAAAUACCACAGAGUGCGCCCAUUCAGGCACCAUCACUUGCUAGGGUACCCACACCACACCUUGCGGGGUUACCACACCAUCUACAUCCAUUCCGUCACCACACCCUAUUGUGGUACCCACACUAG